AGGGCAAAACGCGUGUCGCGGAUGGCGGGAACCGCCUCGGAUGCUGCUCUUCCUCCAGCAAGAGAGGAAGGGGGCAAUAGAGGGUGCCCCCCCCAGUCGAGCUUCUGAUCCCGUGACCCUUUCUGGACUCACUGAGUGAAGGCUGAGUAAAGCUGGAGUAGAGGCUCUAGCUACCUUUCUAUACCAAGAGAUUCUUCCUUCUCAUGGCGGGUUCACCUUCCUUUCCUGUUGAACCACCGGGGAAGACCGUCAGCAUCACUGUGCUGGAUGGCCAUGACUUGAAAGGCCUCAAAGGAGACAGUCCGGUUACAUUUGUGCGCGUUGAGUACAAUGGCUUCGUCCUUGGUGACUCCCCCAAAAUGGAUGCCUCUGCGGAAGGAAACGUGAAGUAUAAUUUCACCACCUCUUUUGACAGCCAUCCUGAAGGGUUCCACACCUUGGAUGAUAUUGCCCAUAAACCUGUGAUAUUCACUGUGAUUGAAGUCCUGCCAAAGGAGAAGAAGCAAAAAGAGGAAAAAGUGGUGUCCCUCGGACAGGCCGUGGCGGACCUUCUCCCUCUCCUGCAAGGAUUGUGUACAUUCAGUGCAACACUGCCCCUGUAUCCAUUGCCAGGCUCUCCUCUGGAGGCCCUCCGAGCAGAAACCAAGUGUUCCAUCGAUGUCUUAGUAGCUGUCCAGGAGAGCUUAUUGACUCAAAACCAGCUGUCUGAAGGCAAUCUGCUGAGAGUGACCGUAGAAGCUCUCUAUUCUGCCCCGGAAGCAUUUCUCUUCACAGGUCCCCAAUAUAAUUACAUGGUUGGCUUCCAGGUGCCAGCAGUUGGUGAGAAAGAAUGUCCCUUCCUGUUCAAGAAUGGGACUCUGAAAGUUGGUGGUGAGAGGGAAGCUCUGCCUCGGCCCAAGAAGUGGCCAGUGGCCAACAUUUUAGCCCCUGGAGGACAGAACAUCCCAGAUGCUCUCAUUAUUGGUGGGCCCUUUGAGGAGGAAGAUGGAGAACUGAAUACUCCAGAGGAGCGGGAAAGCAGGCUUCAGGCUGAAACUAUUAAGAAACGGAUUGUGUGGGACUUGGAAAGGCGUUGCUACCUGGAUCCUAUCGCUGUACUAUGCUUUCGCAAGCGGAUCGCUGACUGUCGGUGUUGGCCUGUGGAAAUUACCAGAGUGCCACUGGUCACAUCCACGAAAGUCAAAGCUGGCAAAGGAGACAAGGGAGGUGGAACUAUUGGUGGAACAGAGGAGGAUCCAAUUUCCUUUCACGGCGUGGCUUAUGUCAGCUUAGUGCCGCUGCUGUAUCCUGGAGUGAAGCGGAUCCGCGGAGCGUUCCGGGUUUUUCCUUACCAUGACAGCGAAGUGUUUGAAAAGACCAAGUGCCUCUUCAGUCUUCUUCGUGACGUGGGCCAUCAGGCAGUCCUUAAUAAAUUUGGUCCCAUGGGAAUGUACAGUCCGCACACCAAAAGCAUCCUUGGGAAGAACAUCAAAGAUGACAAGCAAAGAGAACUAAUGCUGAGGAAGCCAUCCAAUAUUGUAAAAAAGGACACCUCCGAGAUCACAGUAGACACUGCGGUAUCUGUAUGCCAGAAUCUGGAAGGGCAGCAAUAUGUAGAAUGUGGAAGUUUCAUUGUGAUAGAGUUUACGCUGGAUAAAGCUUUAGUGCCCAAGCGUCUUCCAGAGGAACUUGCUAGCCGAGUGAAGGAGAUGAUUCCUCCACACCCACAACUUCCUCGAAGGACUGCAGGAGCCAUGAAGGCCGUAGAAGAUUACCACACGCAGAUCACCAGUAUUGCUGCAUCGAUCCUAGAUGAGUAUCACGAACUCUUUGGAAGGCAAGUGGUUGAAGGACUUGUCAUUGAUUCUCAGACCCUGGAAGACCAGAAAUGUCAACUCAACUACGAGCUGAACACCUCAGGGAAAUAUUUUGCCUUUAAGGAGCAACUCAAGCACGCAGUUGUUAAAAUUGUCCGGGAGAAAUACUUGAAGACCACUGCCUUUGAAACUCUGGACCAACUCCAGGCUUUCCUCAGUGAGUUGUACGUCUACUUGAUGGAUCAGAUGCACGUUGCGCUGAAUCAGGUACUGUCCCUGCAGACGCCAAGUCCUCCUCCUCCCGUAUAUACCACCUUGGAGCAGCUCCAGCUCUUUGCGCGAGAGGCCCAGGUCAACGGUGACUACGGUUUGGCAUCAACUUACUAUCAGGAGAGGCUGGCUCGAAACCCCCAAGAUAGCCAGAGCUGGUUGGAUUAUGGAGCUUUCUGCCUACUGACUGAAGACAACCUCAAGGCUCAGGAAUGCUUCCGUGAGGCUGUCGGCUUGGAUGCCAAUCACCUGCCCAGAUUUGUUGUUUGCUGUCUGUCCAGUGUCCUGUUGUGUGGGAUCAUGGCUGUGAUGCUGCAGAAUUAUGAGGAGGCUGAAGUCUUUUUUGAGGAUGCCACCUGUGUGGAGCCAAGCAGUGUCGUGGCCUGGACCAUGUUAGGACUCUUCUAUGAUAUGCAGGAAAACUACAUUCGGGUCGAGAUGGCCUUCCGUGAAGCUACCAAGCUCCAGAAGGCCCGUCUGCCCAAAGAGAAACCAAGUCCUCCGAGCACAGAAGAAGUAGGAAAGAAAAGAAUGUUGUACAUGACCUCACAGAGGCAGUCACUGGUUGGCCCAGAGGAGUCUGAAGAAUCUCCAGAAUCCGCAGCGAAAAUCCAAGCAGAGUCUUCGGAGCCAGCCAGCUCGCUUCGUGCAACAGAAGAAGAUACCGUACAUAAACCGUUCAAGAGAUUGUCCGUUACACCCAGCAAAUAUAGGCUGAGCACUCAGAGAGAAAUGCCCAAGCCUGCCGCAUUUUCAUAUGAAUCAGCUAUGGUCCCCCAGCAAACCACCUCUAUUUUCAUGGAAACAAUAAAAUUCCUCUUGGAAGUCAGUGCUCUUCAGUUUGUUCACAGGGCCUUGGCACAUGAACUGAUCUCUCCACAAGGAGGCCCCAGCUGUGAAUAUUACUUGGUGCUGGCCCAGACCUACAUGCUCAAGAAAGAAUAUGAUCAGUCAGAAGAGAGUUUGGAAAUGGCUAUGCAGAUUGAUUACCUGAAUCCAGAGGUUUGGGCUCAAAAAGGCCAUCUCUGCUACUUGACCGGGAAUUUCAGCGAAGCAAAGUCUUGCUACGAACGCACAAUCAGCUUUGUGACGGACGCGAAGGAUAUGCAUACGGUGUAUCUGCGAUUGGGAUCCAUCUAUCUGGAAGGCAAGGAGUAUGACAAAGCCAAGCACAUUUACCUUCUGGCCAGUAAGAAAUCACCUUCGUGUCUCACGUGGCUGGGAGUAGGAAUCGCUUGCUACAGGCUCAAAGAAAUGGUCGAGGCCGAGGAUGCUCUUUCCGAAGCCAACGCCCUCAACAACAGCAAUGCCGAAGUGUGGGCCUACCUGGCCUUGGUCUGCAUGAAGGGCGGAAGACAACUGGAGGCCGAACAAUCGUAUAAAUACGCUGUCAAGCUGGAGUUGGACAAUCCCAAGCUUCUGCAGGAGGUCAAGCAAGUCCAGUUAGAAGUUGGGUUUGGUGACCCCUCCUUCUGAUCUCCUCUGUGGCUACCGUUUAAACAGGGACCACAUCUACCAUUUCACACUGCAGGGAGGCAGAGACGUGCCCAACCAUCAGCACAGAGGUGAAUGGCCACGUUUUGAAACAACCAUCACUGGUUUUUUUUUUCCAAAGCUUCAGUGAAAAGUUUAUAGGGUUCUUGUACGGCAGUUUAUGAGCUCCUGGAAUUUAGAAGAAACACAUUGCGAAGAUUCCGCUUGUUUUGUGGAAUAUCCCACAAUGAAAUUAAAGUCAGUCAUAAGGCAUCACAAGGGAUGAUUUAUCCCCAGGGGUUAAAAUGCUGGAGAAAACAUUUCUGGUUCUUGAAAAAGAAAGCCUCAGAAUAACUAUAGCAUGGUGUUUCUCAAGCUUGGCAACUUUUAAGAUGCAUGGACUUCAAUUCCCAGAAUUCUCCAGUCAGCAUAGCUGGCUGGGGAAUUCUGGGAGUUGAAGUCCACACAUCUUAAAAUUGAUAAGCCUGAGAAACAUUGUGCUAUAACACAUCAUAAUCAUUAGAAGAUCAUAAUUGGAGAUGUUUGGACAAGAAUAGGAAGAGAAAAUUGUAAGUGGUUUGGUGACUUGCCUCCUUCAGCACUUCUAGAUCUCCUUUAGUGCAAGUCGAUAUUACAACAUAGAGCAGGAGCAGAGUAAUUAAUAGAUUGUCUUUUAUACCACAUUUUAUUAUCUGGGGUUCCCAAAAUUAUAUCCAUGAAUGUGAGUUCUUACAAAGGUUUUGAUUCAGUUAUUUCAUCCAUCUAGGUAGCUCUCUGGCGAUGACUCCCUCAGUCAGUUUUGACAUAGUGAUUCCCUUUUUGAUCUAAUGACUCUGUAUAUUAUGGACCCGCCUUUAUUUUAUCGAUGGUUUGUUUUUUUGUCUGCUUCCCGUAAUUGCUUUGGCAGCACAGAAUUUUGAAAGAGGAAUCUAAAAUACGAUAUGCAAGGAUUCAACAACAGCAAUUUGGGGCAGGUGAUUUAAUAAAAUAGUUUGGAUCUGUU